AUGGAGGAUAUCCUGACGGCCGUCUCGGCCGAUGGUUCAUCGAUUAUGCCCAAGUUGGCACCGCACCUUAGCAGACACCUGCUGUUCCCGCUCAUUCAGUUCGAGGGCGACCAGGCCGAGGAGAAGGGCGAAGAUGAAAAGGCCAAGAAGAUCUUGUCGGGGAAAAUCAAGCUGCUGGAGGACACCAAUAUGACCGACUACGUUGCGACUCUGUACUGCGAAUUGCAUGGCGCUUCCGACCCGCCCGCCGAAUACACCAAGAAGAGACAGGAUGUUUUGGCGCAGCUGGAGAAAUAUGAGCAGGCUACUGCUAAGAUUGCCGACCUUCUGACGCAGGAUGAGGUUGUUAAUGGUCUUCGAAGCGACAAGGUUGCCAACUUGGAGUUUCUGAAGAACCAGCACGGAGUUACGAUGGAAAUGGUCAACGCACUCUAUGACUUUGGACAGUUCCAGUUCCGAUGUGGUCAGUAUGGCCCGGCCGCCGAUAUGCUGUACCAGUUCCGCGUCCUCUCCACCGACAACGACAAGGUCUCUGCCUCAACCUGGGGCAAGCUGGCUUCCGAGAUUCUCUCUACAAACUGGGAGUCAGCCGUCGAUGAGCUCAAGAACGUCAAGGAGGGCAUCGACUCGAAGCUCUUCAACAACCCGCGCGCCCAGCUCGACCACCGAACCAUGCUGGUCCACUGGUCUCUCUUCCCCCUGUUCAACUGGGAGGGUGCCCGCGAGCCCAUCCUCGACAUGUUCUUCUCCGCGGCCUACAUCAACACCAUCCAGACCUCCUGCCCGUGGAUCCUGCGGUACCUGAUCGCUGCCGUCAUCACCGGCCGUACCCGCGCGCGAAACAGCUCUACCCAGCAGAAGCAGCUCAAGGACAUUGUCCGCUACGUGCGCCAAGAAGCCUACGAGUACGCCGACCCAAUCACACAGUUCGUCAACGCCCUCUACAUUGCCCAUGACUUCAACGCCGCCCGCGAGGCCCUCCGCCAGGCUGAGGAUGUCUGCCGCAGCGACUUCUUCCUCGCCUCUUCUGCCGACGCCUUUGUCAACGCCGCCCGCCACCUCAUCUGCGAGAGCUACUGCAAGAUCUUUAGCCGCAUGAAUAUUCGCGACCUCAGUGCCAAGCUAGGCCUCAACCCCGACGAGGGGGAGAAGUGGAUCGUCAAUCUGAUCCGGGAGACUCGACUCGAUGCCAAGAUUGACAGCCAGGACGGCACCGUCAUCAUGAACCACCCUCCCAACAAUGUCUACCAACAAGUCAUUGAGAAGACCAAGGGCGGAUUCUUCAGAACACAGGUCCUCAACGCCGCCGUUUCCAAGUAA